CUCACGCAGGCGCAGUGUGUGCUGCUGGCGGUGCAUCUGGCCUCCGAAUCCAACAUCCGCGCCCUACACUCCUUUACCCCCAACCGCACCGAUGCUCUCGACCCCGAACUCGUGCUGCGCAUCUUGCUCACCUAUCUUCCCGAGGCCGUAGACCCGCGCGAGUACGUCGACUACGUGGCCGAAGUUGCGUCGCGACUGUAUCUGGACGUGGAUCGCGAGGAUGUACAAGUCAAUACCAGUCCGGUGAAGGACAUACCCGAAGACAUUGCGCAGAAACGUGUCAGGAAGCUGCACCUCCAGCUCCUGAAGCCGCCCGCGUUCCCGCCAUAUGCGCCGCAAGAUCUCGCCGUUCGCUUCGUGUGCCAUCGUGCGUACAGAAUCGAUUCCGAGACUGGCCUCCUACACCUCAUCCCUUCUCUGGUCGAGCCAUUCCUCCAUCGCCACGACUACCUCAGGACAUGGUAUAUUGCCGUGUGUCUGCCGCUCUUGCGACUGCACAUCGACUACUAUCCCGAAGACGACGCUCUUGCCAUGAGCUUGCGCGGUUUCGAGGACCUCACAGGACGUGAGGGUGUAGAGGUGCUUUUGAGAAAGGCGCUCCAACUACCGAAAGACUCCAACAGUCAUGUAUGCCGCGAUGUCAAAGGCCUCGUUGGUCCAUGGAUGUACGGACAUACUGAUCGCAAACGACGGGCACUCGGGCAUAACGAGGACGGUGAAGGCGAAUCUGUGGAAAGUGCAACGAACGCUGUACGCAAAAUUAGUCUUGCAGGCGUCAAACCUGAAGACAAGACUGGGCACGACUGGGAAUACGUGUACUCCUGGAUGGUGCUGCAUGCCGCAGACCAGUUCGAUCUCAUCUCAGCUCUUGUGGACGGCUGGGAUGGCCCUGGCGACGUUGACCUCGGAGGCUUUGAUCGCGGUAGCAACCAAACUUAUCUGCCCGAAGAAAUCCAAACGAAACUCGAGCUGCAGUACGCACAAGCGGCUUUUGCAGGCUGUUAUGCGGCCAAGGCUGAUACACCUGAGACGGUAGAGCAGGCUCAUGCGGUGCUUGCUCGACUGGCCGAGCUCCUAGACUUCAUGCCGCCUCCCGACCUCGCCACCACCGUGGAAUCUCUCCCCAAGAUAGAGCGGCAUACCACUCUGCUAGAUCAAUCUCAGUCUGUAGCAGAUCUCUUGCCCGAAGCACUUCUUCGUCCGGAGCACCCCUUGACAACGCCGAAAUUGGCGACUUACAUGCUGCUACAGAUGAUGGUCUACAGUGCCUAUCAAUUUGCAGGACUCGGCUACCCUUUCUCGUUGGUCAACGUGGCCAAACUUCAUUUCUAUGCCACUUCUGAGGAGCAGCUUGACGUUUUGCAAAAGAUUUUGCGUGGCCUGGUCAAAGCCGGUGAGCGCAGAGACGAUACCCAAUGGCUAGCAGACCGGGCAAAACUUCUCUGGCUCUGGAACUGGGGCAUUGAACAUGACCCUGAUCAUCCUGAUGAAGGACCAGGAACGUUGGGUAAAAUUCGUAAGGAAGAGUUCGAGCAAGAGAUGCUCAAAGUGUUUACCAGAAACGGCAGCUAUCAAUUGGCAGCACGCCUGUAUCUUACAAGUGACACGAAAGAAUCCCUAUCAGCGACAAAAGUUGAGAAUGCUGUGCUAGCGAUCGCGAUGGAGGCGUACGAUGGAGCUACAAACGGCAAUAAAACCAGAGGUGGUAUGAAGAAAGCCAAUGAUAUACUUCUGGCGUUUGAUCCAUACUUCAAGCAAAGCGUGCGCUUUCAGCAAGCGAGGGCGCUUGUUGCUGCCACUCAUGCUCUAUCAUAUUACUCGCUAACUCUACAGCACGGCGUCCCAUUCCAGCCAGUAAGCAUUCGCGUCAGCAAGGAUCCGCUCUCCCUCAUCAGCAAAGUUCUUGAGCAGAAUCCCAGAAGCUUCGAUAAACUGGAAGAUCUCAUAGGUAUCGCCCGCAAUCUGGUAUCGGCUGGUCUUUCCGAGAGCGAAGGAGUAUCUAACGAGCCUGAUACAAACCAGCUUGUGCUUGAUCAGAAGAACGCGGAGCGACGCGUCACUUUCAUGGCAAUCCAGCAAGCUUUGGAAGAAGACGAUUUCGAAACGGCGUACUCGUACAUUGUCAACAGACUCACUCCGUCAGGUGAAGUGCUUGAAAAGCCGAACAACAGGAAAGAACACAAGAGGGACAAGUCAACCCGCAGCCAGAAUACAAUCGACUACGAUGACAUUUCGUGGCGCGCUGCGUUCCUAGCCGGACGCUAUCGUCCACAGACCAGCACGCCGCCUACACUUCGACGUCUCGAACAGCGCACGGAAUUGCUCUCAUUGGCUUUGCUCCUAGCGCCGACGUCUGCUUUGACAGAAAUUCUCGCCGCAUGGCGUCGCUGCGAGGAGGAAACCACGUCGUUGCAGGCCGCACAGCAGCAAGAAGAAGCCGAAUUCGACGAUCGAGCCGACAAGCGUCUCAGUGGAGGAACGAGCACAUUGCCUGGGAACUUCAUUGUCAGCGGCGAACAACCAGAGCUGAUCCUGAAUCAAAAGCGCCGUGAAAUGGGGAGAAUGGGCGCAGCUCGGAAUGGCAAGGACGACACACCGCUCAGCAUGUUUGAUCUGACGAGAAGUGCUGCGAGGGCUUUUAGCAAGACUGCAGCGUCGCUGCAAACUGCGCCGCACCAAAGGUCCAGCGAUGAGUUCGGUAGAUCCAUGGAGGAGAGCACGGGUAGUCUUGGGAGUGACGAGAGAGUCAGGAAAAGGGACAUGGUGGCAAACGCUGUCACUGGCGGUCUGGCCAGCGGAAUCGGAUGGGUCUUGGGCGCGACUCCG